AUGGCAGAUCAAGCAGGACCCUCGAGACUGAAGCAGUCAAAAAAGCCACAGAAGAAUGUGAAGCACGGUUUGCGUCUGGCGAAAGCCAAAAGGCUCUCAGAGAAGCAGCAGAUUGAAGCUUUGGAAGCGGCGGCUCAGGAGCCGCAAGACAGUCUUCAAGCUUUUUCUGAUCUUCCUAUUUCUGAAUUCUCGAAAAAAGGACUCAAAAAGUCGUUUUUCGUUAACAUGACAGAAAUCCAAGCAACCAGUAUACCAGUCUCUUUGAAGGGCAAAGAUGUACUCGCAGCUGCUCGCACUGGUAGCGGAAAAACUCUUGCUUUUCUCAUUCCAACGCUGGAGAUACUUUACAGAAGAAAAUGGGGGCCCCAGGAUGGUCUAGGCGCGGUAAUAAUAUCACCGACGCGUGAAUUGGCUGUACAAAUUUUCGACGUCUUGCGUUCCGUUGGAGCUUUUCACGCAUUCUCCGCAGGGCUCGUGAUAGGCGGAAAAAACCUAAAGGACGAGAGGGACCGCCUCGCUCGAAUGAAUAUUCUGGUCGCUACGCCAGGUCGACUGCUGCAGCACAUGGAUCAGACAUUCGGAUUCGAGUGUGAUAACCUGCAACUUCUCAUUCUGGAUGAAGCGGAUCGCAUACUAGACAUGGGAUUUGCCAAGACAUUAUCCGCAUUACUCUCUCAUCUUCCGAAAUCACGCCAAACUCUACUUUUCUCAGCUACGCAAACCCAGUCCGUCUCACAAUUAGCUCGCUUGAGUCUCAAAGACCCUGUCCCUAUCGGCGUGGAUGGAUCCGGCAGCUCAUCAGCUACUCCUCACUCCCUCACGCAGUACUACUCCGUCUGUACAUUGGACAAGAAGCUUGAUGUCUUAUGGUCAUUCAUCAAAACUCACCUACACUCCAAGGUCCUCGUCUUCUUGUCGACUGGGAAGCAAGUUCGCUUCGUUUUCGAGACUUUUUGCAAGAUGCAUCCUGGAAUGCCGCUACUACAUCUACAUGGGAAACAGAAACAAUCUGCUAGACUAACGAUGUACUCUCGAUUUACAUCUUCUCAACAUGCAGUACUAUUUGCCACUGACAUAGCUGCACGCGGUUUGGACUUUCCUUCGGUCGAUUGGGUUGUGCAGGUCGAUGCUCCAGAGGAUGCUGACACCUACAUCCAUCGAGUGGGAAGAACGGCGCGUUAUGAGAGCUCGGGAAGUGGCUUGCUACUUCUCAUGCCCAGCGAGGAACAGGGUAUGAAAGCCGCACUAGAGAAGAAAAGUAUCAAGAUCGAAAACAUCAAGAUUAGACCUAGCAAAACCCAGAAUAUACAAAACCAACUCCAGAAACUCUCUUUUCAAGAGCCAGAGAUCAAGUAUCUCGGGCAACGUGCUUUCGUAUCCUAUGUCCGUUCUGUCCACCUUUACAAGGAUAAAUCGAUAUUCAAAGUCGACGAGCUUCCUGUGGAGAAAUUUGCCGAGUCUCUUGGGCUGCCAGGCGCGCCAAAGAUCAAGUUUUUAAACAGAGAACUUGUAAAGAAACAGAAGAACUCGUCUCGAACGGUGGCAGCUAUUCAGGCCGAAAUAGAAGCGGAGGCUAAGCAAGGGUCUUCUGAUAACGAAGAUGACUCUGAAGAAGCUUCUGUGUCGUCCGAUGACGAUGCGUUAACUAAUGCUGCUCUUGCCUCAGACUCCGAGGUUAAAGAUGAUUCAAAGCUUUCCACGUCUACUAAAGUAUGUGACAUUGCAUUCAUUUUAUUGCUCCUAACUCGGGUAUUGCAGCCUAGUGUGCGCACGAAAUACGAUCGAAUGUUUGAGCGCAAAAAUCAAAAUAUUCUUUCUGCGCACUAUUCGAAAUUGGUUGAUCAUGGCGACGCGGUUGAUGACGAUGAAGACUUCAUCACGCUCAAGCGCGCAAAUCAUGACCUAUCUGAUACCGACGCAAACCCGGAGAUAGACAACCUGUCGAAGAGAAAGCUCAAGCUGUCCAAGACGAAACGUGCAGUUGUCAAGUAUGGCCAAUUGGGACAUAAGUUGAUAUUCGAUGACGAGGGGAACCCUCACGAACUUUAUGAAAUGGUGGACCCUGCAGAAUUCUACAAAGGGGGUCUGAAAGAGGUGAAGGAAGCUGGCCAGGCCUUUGUGGAAGGGGAGAAGCACAAACUGAAGGGUGCAGAUGUGGUUGAUAAAAUGGAAGCCAAGGAGAAAAAACGCGAAAAGAAACGCAAGCGAAAGGAUCGUGAGAAAGGUGUUGAGCGCGAUGAUGCUCAUGGGGGAGCUAUUGCGGAACUUGCACCCUCUAAUGAGGACGGGUAUAUGUCUCCCGUAUUUGACCUGGCGUCCGAAGAUGAAGUGCAGGACGCGUUGUCGCCACCGCCACUCAAGCGGAGUAAACGCUCAGCUUCAACCAAAACAGAUUCCGAUGGCCUUGAAGAUGAGGAAGAACUUGCACUUCGGCUGCUACGUAACCGCAGAUAG